AUGUCGUCCGUCUGGAACCCCGACAACGUGCGAGAUGUCGCUGAAUCAGUGGGCAUUGCCUCACUCGCCGAAAACGUCGUGGAGGAAUUGGCGCGUGAUGUCGACUUCAGAUUGGCCCAAGUCUUGGAGGAGGCGCUCAAAUUCAUGCGGCACGGAAAGCGAACUACGCUGAACACCCUGGACAUAUCCAAUGCGUUGAAAGUAUUGAAUGUGGAGCCUCUCUACGGCUAUGAAUCUACCCGGCCGUUGCGCUUCGGCGAGGCUUCACUGGGACCCGGCCAGCCGUUGUACUAUGUAGAGGAUGAAGAGGUGGAUUUUGAGAAGCUUAUCAACGCCCCGCUGCCAAAGGUCCCACGAGAAAUUACUUUCACAGCACACUGGCUUGCCGUCGAGGGCGUCCAGCCAUCCAUACCACAGAACCCCACAACGAACUCCGCGGACCUGCUGCCCAAGGGCCCGAAUGCCAACCCACAUCUCGCAGCUGCCAACGGACUGGACAAUGUGAAUGUAAAGCCGCUGGUCAAACAUGUACUAUCCAAGGAAUCGCAAGAGCUGUUCAACAAGCUAUCUGGCGCCCUUACCGAUGAGACCAACAUCGAGUGGCAGAAUGCUGCGCUUGCGGCCAUAUCUACGGAGCCGGGCAUUCACCAGCUCACCACCUAUCUCCUGAGCUUCAUAGCCGAGAAGGUGACACAUAAUCUGAAGGAUCUCUUCGUACUACAUCAAAUGAUGAGAGCCACGGAAGCCCUUCUCAACAAUCAGGCCAUCUAUCUCGAUCCAUACGUGGCUUACAUGGUACCUCCAGUUCUUACCUGUUGUACUGGCAACAACCUAGGGCCCCGACCACGGCAGCAACCAACGAGUGCCUUCACUGAAAACGUGAACGGGGCUGCAGCCAAUGGUCAUGUGACUGGCCUCAAAGAUCACCACGAACUCCGGGAUAAGGCAGCUUCAAUACUGAAGCACAUCUGUAGAAAGUAUUCCUCGUCAAACCAAGGUCUCAAGGCACGAAUCGCGCGGACGUGUCUCAAACAGUUCAUGGAUCCCAAGAAAUCUUUUGGUGCGCAUUACGGUGCCUUGCACGCCUUGGUUCUCAUCUUGGGCAUUGACGAGGCUAUGAAGAUGCUCAUAUUGCCAAAUGUCCAGAUCUACAACGACUUACUCAAGGCGGGGCUGGAGGACGAUGGCAGGCGGAGCGAAGCCGAAAGAAUGGUUGGUCUAUUCAUGAACACGUUCGAGGCUUUCGCUGCUAGUAGGCGGCGUCUCGCAUCGAAUGAGACUGUGGACCUGAAGAGCCUGAGGGAACGGUUAAAUGAGAGAAUUGGCGAUAUUUUGACCGAGCAAAUCGUGUCACGCAACAAAGUUGUCGAGGCGCAAGCAAUCCUGGAAAAAGACAUGAUCUACGAGGUGUUGGCCAGCCUAGGUCUCGCAAAUAAGCAUGCAAAGCUGCUUUUCCUGGGCCUUGAUAAUGCCGGCAAGACAACUCUACUUCACAUGUUGAAGAACGAUCGGGUAGCCGUUCUGCAACCCACUCUCCACCCAACCUCCGAAGAGCUGUCAAUUGGCAACGUAAAAUUCACAACCUUCGAUCUCGGCGGGCACGCCCAAGCCCGUCGUCUCUGGCGCGACUACUUCCCUGAAGUAUCCGGCAUCGUCUUCCUUGUCGACGCCAAAGACCAUGAGCGGCUGCACGAGUCAAAAGCGGAGCUGGACGCUCUUUUACAAAUGGAGGAAUUAAGCAAGACGCCGUUCGUCAUUUUGGGAAACAAGAUUGAUCACCCGGAUGCGGUGAGCGAGGAUCAGUUGAGAAGUGUUCUGGGACUUUAUCAGACUACGGGGAAGGGCAAGGUACAGCUCGAGGGAGUCAGACCGGUUGAGGUGUUCAUGUGUAGUGUUGUUAUGCGGCAAGGAUAUGGAGAGGGUAUCAGAUGGCUCAGUCAGUACGUCUGA